UUACUUCUCUUGUACCUCCCUUCUUCAUUCAAAUAGCCGCAUCUCUCUCUCUGACUAGGGCAAACAAACCAAACACCAAAACACUUUCAGUCACUACGAAACACACAGUCACUACGAAACUUCAUUUUCGUACAAUUCGUACCAUUUUUUCGCAACGAUGAGAACCAAAACCGUUGGUGGCAAACGCCGUUCGUUAAUCAACCCUAAUUCACCAUUCACUCUUUCAGCACUGGAAACCGAUGAGGAAGAAGAUCCAAAUCCAAUUUACCGAAAAUCAACGGUUUGGAAUGAAUGGGUUAUCUUCAAGCAAGAUAAAACGAAGAAAGCUUCAGACUUUAAGGGGAAAUCGACGUAUAAUACGAAUCCUAGUAGGAAUAAGCCGUGUGUGUAUUGCAUUGGUCAUGAAGAUGAAUGUAGUGAGGAGAUUUUUAGGGUUCCGUUUGAUGAACCGAAUUGGAAGAUUAGGGUUGUUGAGAGUCCGAAUCCGGCGGUUUUGAGGAGUUUGGAUGAUGGGUUUGUGUUGGAUGGUGGUGAGGUUUUGGAUGGGUUUGGGAUUCAUGAUGUUGUGAUUGAGAGUCCGGUGCAUUCGGAGCAGUUGUUGGAUUUGACGCCGAAGGAUGUUGGUGAGGUUUUUAUUGCUUUUAGUAAUAGGAUCAGAGAAUUGGUUCAUCUUGAGUCUAUCAAAUAUGUUCAGGUGUUUAAAAACCAUGGUGAAAAAGCUGGUGCAGCAAUGAGUCAUUCUCAUAGUCAAAUCCUGGGCUUGCCAAUUGUUCCAAACAAUGUUUCUGCCCGUCUUGGAAAUAUGAAGGAUUUUUUUUAUCAGACAGGAAAGUGCUGUAUUUGUGACAUUCAACUUGAGGAUCUUUUGAUUGAUUCAUCUACCUACUUCUUUUCAUUGGUUCCGUUUGCUGCUUCAUUUCCUUUUGAGAUAUGGGUUGUUCCUCGGUAUCACUCUGCACACUUCCAUGAAUUGGAUGAUGAAAUGGCACUUGAUCUUGGAGGUUUGAUGAGAACGACUCUUAGAAAGAUGUCUUUUCAAUUGAACAAUCCGCCAUACAACUUUAUGAUUCACACUAGUCCACUGCGUGGUGAUGGGUCAGAGCUGGCAUACAGUCAUUGGUUUAUACAGAUAAUACCUCAGCUGAUUCCGACAACUGGUUUUGAGCUUGGAACUGGGUCUCACAUCAAUCCUGUUUUGCCUGAGGAUGCUGCAAAGAUUCUAAGAGAAGUGAUUGUUCCUGUGUUUGCACAUGAAAGGCGCAUGGUGGGAUUUUUACCUCCAACUAAGAUUGUGGAUUAUAGUGAUGCAUUCACCACUAAAGAGGUGUUUCCUACUCGCGAGUAUCUGCUGAAUUGGGCACGAGCCAUUGGGAGAGAGCACGGGUUUACUGUUAUCAUUCAAAGAUCAGACAAUGGUGGAUUGAAGAAGAGGAUAGGAAGGAAAACAACUGUGAUUUUGGGUUGCGAAAGAAGUGGAAAAUAUAGACAAUACAAGGAUGCAUUAGCUCGCAAGACUGGAACAAAGAAAUGUGGGUGUCCAUUUAGACUGAGAGGAAGACCCGUUAGAAAUGGUGAUGGAUGGAAAGUGAACGUAGUGUGUGGAUUUCACAACCAUGAAGUAAUUGAAACUGCGAUCGGGAGCACAUAUGCUGGUAGGCUAAGUGGCGAAGAGAAGUCUUUGGUCGAUGAUCUGACAAGAAGCAAUUACAAACCGAAAGACAUAUUACAGACACUGAAAGAACGUAAUGAAGAGAAUCUCACUUCUAUCAAGCAGAUUUAUAAUUUGCGCCAACAGCUAAAACGUUCUAGAUUAGAAUUAGAAAUGGAAAAUUCGGCAUAGAUUAAAAGUGGAAAAUUUGGCUUAGACCUUAGUUUUAAUUGACUGUGCUGCAUUCAACUUUUGAAUUGCUUUCCAUUUUUUUGGGUACUUUCUGUUAUUGUUCAUAUUGCUGUUAUCAUUAACUAGUCAAGUUUGUUCAUUGUACUAUGUUUUGUGUUUAUGUUUCGAGCUUAAAAUCAAGUUUCAGACUCAA